GGCGUCGCGCACACAGGCGGCGGCGCUCGGAGGCGGACGACAAGCUCUCCGCGCCCGCGGCUCCGGCCCCGCGCUCUCGCUCCCGAGGCCCAAAGUAACUUCGGGAGCCGCGGUCUCCCGCCAACUUCCCCGCGGGCUCGAUUGCCCGGAACCGCUUGGCUCGAGCCCGCGGCCGGCUCGCCUUCCCUGCGCGUGGCUCUUCCGUGCGGGUGGCUCCAAAACUGAAUGAGAGAGCGCGCGGGGCGCGCGGCGGCACGGAGCGCGGCGGCAUGGAGCGCGGCUGCUGGGCGCCGCGGACUCUGGUCCUGGCCAUGCUGCUGGUGGCGACACUGAGGGCGCACGCGGCCACCGGCUACUACCCGCGCUUCUCGCCCUUCUUUUUCCUGUGCACCCACCACGGGGAGCUGGAAGGGGAUGGGGAGCAGGGCGAGGUGCUCAUUUCCCUGCAUAUUGCGGGCAACCCCACCUACUACGUACCGGGACAGGAAUACCAUGUUGCAAUCUCAACAAGCACCUUCUUUGACGGCUUGCUGGUGACGGGCCUGUAUACCUCUACAAGUGUCCAGUCUUCUCAGAGCAUUGGCGGCUCCAGUGCCUUUGGAUUUGGGAUCAUGUCUGACCACCAGUUUGGUAACCAGUUUAUGUGCAGUGUAGUUGCCUCUCAUGUGAGUCACCUGCCUACAACCAACCUCAGCUUUGUCUGGAUUGCCCCCCCAGCGGGCACAGGCUGUGUGAAUUUCAUGGCUACUGCGACACACAGGGGCCAGGUGAUUUUUAAAGAUGCGUUAGCCCAGCAGCUAUGUGAGCAAGGAGCUCCCACAGAAGCCAGUGCUCAGUCUCACCUCGCUGAAAUACACAGUGACAGUGUGAUCCUACGGGAUGACUUUGACUCCUACCACCAACUGGAAUUAAAUCCUAAUAUAUGGGCUGAGUGUAGCAACUGUGAGACUGGAGAGCAGUGUGGCACGAUCAUGCAUGGCAAUGCUGUCACCUUCUGCGAGCCAUAUGGUCCCCGAGAGUUGACCACCACAUGCCUAAACACAACAACAGCAUCUGUCCUGCAGUUUUCCAUUGGGUCAGGAUCGUGCAGAUUUAGUUACUCCGACCCCAGCAUCACUGUGUCAUAUGCCAAGAACAACUCUGCCGACUGGAUGCAACUCGAGAAAAUCAGAGCCCCUUCCAAUCUCAGCACAAUCAUCCACAUCCUCUACCUUCCUGAGGAAGCCAAAGGAGAGAACGUGCAGUUCCAGUGGAAGCAGGACAGCCUGGAUGUAGGUGAGGUGUACGAAGCCUGCUGGGCCUUGGAUAACAUCCUGGUCAUCAAUGCAGCCCACAGACAAGUCGUUCUGGAAGACAGUCUUGACCCAGUGGACACAGGCAACUGGCUCUUCUUCCCUGGUGCAACUGUCAAGCAUAGCUGUCAGUCAGAUGGGAACUCCAUUUAUUUCCAUGGAAAUGAAGGCAGCGAGUUCAAUUUUGCCACCACCCGGGAUGUAGAUCUUUCUACAGAGGAUAUUCAAGAGCAGUGGUCAGAAGAAUUUGAGAGCCAGCCCACAGGAUGGGACAUCUUAGGAGCUGUUGUUGGUACAGAAUGUGGAACCAUAGAAUCGGGUCUAUCACUGGUGUUUCUCAAAGAUGGAGAGAGGAAGCUAUGCACUCCCUACAUGGAUACAACCGGUUAUGGGAACCUGAGGUUCUAUUUUGUUAUGGGAGGAGUCUGUGACCCUGGAGAUUCUCAUGAAAAUGACAUUAUUUUAUAUGCAAAGAUUGAAGGAAGAAAAGAGCACUUCACACUGGAUACCCUUUCCUAUUCCUCCUAUAAGGUUCCAUCUUUGCUUUCUGUCGUCAUCAAUCCUGAAAUUCAGACACCUGCUACCAAAUUUUGUCUCAGGCAAAAGAACCACCAAGGGCAUAAUCGGAAUGUCUGGGCUGUAGACUUCUUCCAUGUGCUUCCUGUUCUACCUUCUACAAUGUCUCACAUGAUACAGUUUUCUAUUAAUCUGGGGUGUGGAACGCAUCAGCCUGGAAACAGUGUCAGCUUGGAGUUUUCCACCAACCACGGGCGUUCCUGGACGCUGCUCCACACUGAGUGCUUGCCUGAGAUCUGUGCGGGUCCCCACCUCCCACAUAGCACUGUCUACUCCUCUGAAAACUACAGUGGGUGGAACCGAGUCACGAUUCCCCUCCCCAACGCGGCACUCACCCGAGACACCAGGAUUCGCUGGAGACAAACAGGAGUAAUCCUUGGGAACAUGUGGGCAAUUGAUAAUGUUUAUAUAGGUCCAUCGUGUCUCAAAUUCUGUUCUGGCAGAGGACAAUGCACUCGACAUGGUUGCAAGUGUGACCCAGGAUUUUCUGGCCCAGCUUGUGAGAUGGCAUCCCAGACAUUCCCAAUGUUUAUUUCUGAAAGCUUUGGCAGCUCCAGGCUUUCCUCUUACCAUAACUUUUACUCUAUCCGUGGUGCUGAAGUCAGUUUUGGUUGUGGUGUCUUAGCCAGUGGUAAGGCCCUGGUUUUCAACAAAGAUGGGAGGCGGCAGCUAAUCACAUCCUUUCUGGACAGCUCACAGUCUCGGUUUCUCCAGUUCACACUGCGGCUGGGGAGCAGGUCUGUUCUGAGCACGUGCAGGGCCCCUGACCAGCCUGGGGAAGGAGUUCUACUGCAUUAUUCUUAUGACAAUGGGAUAACAUGGAAACUUCUGGAGCACUAUUCAUAUCUCAGCUAUCAUGAGCCCAGAAUAAUCUCUGUAGAACUACCCGAUGAUGCAAGACAGUUUGGAAUCCAGUUCAGAUGGUGGCAGCCACACCAUUCUUCCCAAGGAGAAGAUGUGUGGGCUAUUGAUGAGAUUGUCAUGACCUCUGUCCUGUUCAACAGCAUCAGUCUUGACUUUACCAAUCUUGUGGAAGUCACUCAGUCUCUGGGAUUCUACCUUGGAAACGUUCAGCCAUACUGUGGCCAUGACUGGACACUUUGUUUUACGGGAGAUUCUAAACUUGCCUCAAGCAUGCGCUAUGUGGAAACACAGUCAAUGCAGAUCGGAGCAUCCUAUAUGAUUCAGUUCAGCCUGGUGAUGGGAUGUGGCCAGAAAUACACUCCUCACAUGGACAACCAGGUGAAGCUGGAGUACUCAGCCAACCACGGCCUUACAUGGCACCUUGUACAAGAAGAAUGCCUUCCCAGUAUGCCAAGUUGCCAGGAAUUUACAUCUGCCAGCAUUUACCAUGCCAGUGAGUUCACACAGUGGAGGAGAGUCAUUGUUCUUCUUCCCCAGAAGACCUGGUCCAGUGCCACCCGCUUCCGCUGGAGCCAGAGCUAUUACACAGCCCAGGAUGAGUGGGCGUUAGACAGCAUUUACAUUGGGCAGCAGUGCCCCAACAUGUGCAGUGGGCAUGGCUCAUGCGACCAUGGCUUGUGCAGGUGUGACCAGGGAUACCAAGGAACUGAAUGCCACCCAGAAGCUGCACUUCCUUCCACAAUUAUGUCAGAUUUUGAGAACCCAAACGGUUGGGAAUCUGACUGGCAAGAAGUUAUUGGGGGAGAAAUUGUAAAGCCAGAGCAAGGCUGUGGGGUUGUUUCUUCUGGAUCUUCCCUAUACUUCAGCAAGGCUGGGAAAAGACAACUGGUGAGCUGGGAUCUGGACACAUCUUGGGUGGACUUUGUCCAGUUCUACAUCCAGAUAGGCGGCGAGAGUGCUUCGUGCAACAGGCCUGACAGCAGAGAGGAGGGCGUCCUCCUCCAGUACAGCAACAAUGGGGGCAUCCAGUGGCACCUGCUGGCAGAGAUGUACUUCUCAGACUUCAGCAAACCCAGAUAUGUUAGUCGGAUAUGGCGGAACAAGCCAGUAACCAAAGCACUUCUGAAGAACUUUUAUGAGAAGCCAGCUUUUGAUUACCCUAUGAAUCAAAUGAGUGUGUGGUUGAUGUUGGCCAAUGAAGGGAUGGCUAAAAACGAUAGUUUCUGUGCUGCCACACCUUCAGCCAUGGUGUUUGGAAAGUCAGAUGGAGACCGAUUUGCAGUUACUCGAGAUCUGACCCUGAAACCUGGAUAUGUGCUCCAGUUCAAGUUGAACAUAGGGUGUGCCAGCCAGUUCAGCAGCACUGCCCCAGUUCUCCUUCAAUACUCACACGAUGCUGGCAUGUCCUGGUUUCUGGUGAAGGAAGGAUGUUUUCCAGCUUCAGUAGGCAAAGGAUGUGAAGGGAACUCCCGAGAAUUGAGUGAGCCCACCGUCUACUACACUGGGGACUUUGAAGAAUGGACAAGAAUCACCAUUGCUAUUCCAAGGUCCCUUGCAUCCAGCAAGACCAGAUUCCGAUGGAUCCAAGAGAGCAGCUCUCAGAAGAACGUGCCUCCCUUCGGCUUGGAUGGAGUGUAUAUAUCUGAGCCUUGCCCCAGCUACUGCAGUGGUCACGGAGACUGCAUCUCGGGUGUGUGUUUCUGUGACCUGGGAUACACAGCUGCACAAGGAACCUGUGUGUCAGACAUCCCUAACCACAGUGAGAUGUUCGAUCGGUUUGAAGGAAAGCUAAGCCCGCUGUGGUACAAGAUAACAGGAGGUCAGGUUGGGACUGGCUGUGGGACACUCAACGAUGGCAGGUCCCUCUACUUCAAUGGCCUUGGGAAACGGGAAGCCAGGACUGUCCCACUGGACACCAGGAAUAUCAGACUUGUUCAGUUUUAUAUACAAAUUGGAAGUAAAACAUCAGGUAUUACGUGUAUCAAACCACGGGCUAGAAAUGAGGGGCUUGUUGUUCAGUAUUCAAAUGACAAUGGGAUAAUCUGGCAUUUGCUGCGCGAGUUGGAUUUCAUGUCAUUUCUGGAGCCACAGAUCAUUUCCAUUGACCUGCCACGAGAAGCAAAGACACCUGCCACAGCUUUCCGGUGGUGGCAGCCGCAGCACGGGAAGCAUUCAGCCCAGUGGGCUUUGGAUGAUGUCCUUAUAGGAGUGAAUGACAGCUCUCAAACUGGAUUCCAAGAUAAAUUUGAUGGCUCUAUAGACUUGCAAGCCAAUUGGUAUCGAAUCCAAGGAGGCCAAGUUGAUAUUGACUGUCUCUCUAUGGACACUGCCCUGAUAUUCACUGAAAACAUAGGAAAACCUCGGUAUGCUGAGACCUGGGAUUUUCAUGUGUCACCAUCAAGCUUCUUACAGUUUGAAAUGAGCAUGGGCUGCAGUAGGCCCUUCAGCAGCACCCACAGUAUACAGCUCCAGUAUUCUCUGAACAACGGCAAGGACUGGCAUCUUGUCACCGAAGAGUGUGUCCCUCCAACCAUUGGCUGUCUGCACUACACAGAAAGUUCAAUUUACACCUCAGAAAGAUUCCAGAACUGGAGGCGGGUCACAGUCUACCUUCCACUCUCUACCAAUUCUCCCAGGACACGGUUCAGAUGGAUUCAGGCCAACUACACCACAGGAGCAGAUUCCUGGACUAUUGAUAAUGUUGUACUGGCCUCAGGGUGUCCUUGGAUGUGCUCAGGACGAGGAAUUUGUGAUGCUGGACGCUGUGUGUGUGACCGGGGCUUUGGGGGGCCCUAUUGUGUUCCUGUCGCUCCCCUCCCCUCCAUUCUGAAAGAUGACUUCAACGGGAACUUGCAUCCUGACCUUUGGCCUGAAGUGUACGGUGCAGAGAGGGGGAAUCUGAAUGGUGAGACCAUCAAAUCUGGAACAUCUCUGAUUUUUAAAGGGGAGGGACUAAGAAUGCUUAUUUCAAGAGACCUAGAUUGCACCAAUACUAUGUAUGUCCAGUUUUCACUGAGAUUUAUAGCAAAAGGUACUCCAGAGCGGUCUCACUCCAUCCUGUUACAGUUCUCUGUCAAUGGAGGAAUCACCUGGCACCUCAUGGAUGAGUUCUACUUCCCUCAGACAACCAGUACACUUUUCAUUAAUGUUCCCUUGCCGUACAGCGCCCAGACCAACGCUACAAGAUUCAGACUCUGGCAACCAUAUAGCAAUGGUAAGAAAGAGGAAAUCUGGAUUAUUGAUGACUUCAUUGUUGAUGGAAAUAAUUUGAACAACCCUGUGAUGCUUCUGGAUACGUUUGACUUUGGGCCCAGAGAAGACAACUGGUUUUUCUACCCGGGUGGUAACAUAGGUCUUUACUGUCCGUAUUCUUCAAAGGGAGCUCCUGAGGAAGAUUCAGCCAUGGUGUUUGUUUCCAAUGAAGUUGGUGAGCACUCCAUUACCACCCGUGACAUAAGUGUAAAUGAGAACACCAUCAUUCAGUUUGAGAUCAAUGUUGGAUGCUCCACGGAUAGCUCAUCUGCUGAUCCAGUCAGACUGGAGUUUUCAAGGGACUUCGGAGCCACCUGGCACCUGCUGCUGCCCCUCUGCUACCACAGCAGCAGCCAUGUCAGCUCCUUGUGCUCCACGGAGCACCACCCGAGCAGCACCUACUACGCAGGGACCACCCGGGGCUGGAGGAGGGAGGUCGUGCACUUCGGGAAGCUGCACCUCUGCGGCUCUGUGCGUUUCCGCUGGUACCAGGGGUUUUACCCUGCUGGCUCGCAGCCAGUCACGUGGGCCAUCGAUAAUGUCUACAUUGGUCCCCAGUGUGAAGACAUGUGCAGCGGACAUGGGAGCUGCAUCAAUGGAACCAGGUGCCUCUGUGACCCAGGCUACUCUGGUCCCACCUGUAAAAUCAGCACCAAAAAUCCUGAUUUUCUCAAAGAUGAUUUUGAAGGUCAACUGGAAUCCGAUAGAUUCUUAUUAAUGAGUGGUGGGAAGCCUUCCCGGAAGUGUGGGAUACUUUCCAGUGGGAACAACCUCUUUUUCAACGAAGAUGGCUUGCGCAUGCUGGUGACUCGGGACCUGGAUUUAUCACAUGCUAGAUUUGUGCAGUUCUUCGUGAGACUGGGAUGUGGUAAAGGUGUUCCCGACCCCAGGAGCCAGCCAGUGCUUCUGCAGUAUUCCCUCAAUGGUGGCCUCUCCUGGAGUCUUCUUCAAGAGUUCCUUUUCAGCAACUCCAGCAAUGUGGGCAGGUACAUUGCCCUGGAAAUGCCCCUGAAAGCCCGUUCUGGUUCUACACGCCUCCGCUGGUGGCAGCCAUCUGAAAAUGGACACUUCUAUAGCCCCUGGGUGAUUGACCAGAUUCUUAUUGGAGGAAAUAUCUCUGGUAAUACAGUCUUAGAAGAUGAUUUCUCAACUCUGGACAGCAGAAAGUGGCUGCUUCAUCCAGGAGGCACCAAGAUGCCUGUGUGCGGCUCCACAGGCGACGCCCUGGUCUUCAUUGAAAAGGCCAGCACCCGCUAUGUGGUCACCACAGACAUUGCUGUGAACGAGGACUCAUUCCUACAGCUAGAUUUUGCUGCCUCCUGCUCAGUCACAGACUCUUGCUAUGCUGUCGAACUGGAGUACUCGGUGGACCUUGGGCUGUCGUGGCGCCCAUUGAUGAGGGACUGCCUGCCCACCAAUGUUGAGUGCGGCCGCUAUCACCUACAGCGGAUCCUGGUGUCAGACACUUUCAACAAGUGGACCAGAAUCACUCUGCCCCUCCCUCCCUAUACCAGGUCUCAAGCCACUCGUUUCCGCUGGCACCAACCAGCACCUUUCGACAAGCAGCAGACAUGGGCAAUAGAUAAUGUCUAUAUUGGGGACGGCUGUCUAGACAUGUGCAGUGGCCAUGGGAGGUGCAUCCAGGGAAGCUGUGUCUGUGAUGAGCAGUGGGGAGGCCUGUACUGUGAUGAGCCUGAGACCUCCCUCCCAGUCCAGCUCAAAGACAACUUCAAUCGGGCUCCCUCCAGCCAGAACUGGCUGACUGUGAACGGUGGGAAACUGAGCACUGUGUGUGGAGCUGUGGCUUCGGGACUGGCUCUGCAUUUCAGUGGGGGCUGUAGCCGAUUGCUGGUCACUGUGGAUCUAAACCUCACUAGUGCCGAGUUUAUCCAGUUCUACUUCAUGUAUGGAUGCCUCAUUACACCGAGCAACCGUAACCAAGGGGUCCUCUUGGAAUACUCCGUCAAUGGGGGCAUCACCUGGAACUUGCUGAUGGAGAUUUUCUAUGAUCAGUACAGCAAGCCUGGAUUCGUGAAUAUCCUUCUCCCUCCUGAUGCUAAAGAGAUUGCUACUCGCUUCCGUUGGUGGCAGCCACGACAUGAUGGCCUAGACCAGAAUGACUGGGCCAUUGACAAUGUCCUCAUCUCAGGCUCUGCCGACCAGAGGACAGUCAUGCUGGACACAUUCAGCAGUGCCCCAGUGCCCCAGCAUGAGCGCUCCCCUGCAGAUGCUGGCCCUGUUGGGAGAAUUGCUUUUGACAUGUUCAUGGAGGACAAAACUUCAGUGAAUGAGAAUUGGCUAUUCCAUGAUGACUGUACAGUGGAAAGAUUCUGUGACUCCCCUGAUGGAGUCAUGAUUUGUGGCAGCCAUGAUGGACGAGAAGUGUAUGCAGUGACCCAUGACCUGACUCCCACUGAAGACUGGAUCAUGCAAUUCAAGAUCUCUGUUGGAUGUAAAGUGCCUGAAAAAAUUGCCCAGAAUCAAAUUCAUGUGCAAUAUUCUACUGACUUUGGUGUGAGCUGGAACUAUCUAGUCCCUCAGUGCUUACCUGCUGAUCCAAAAUGCUCUGGAAGUGUUUCACAGCCGUCUGUGUUCUUUCCAACUAAAGGGUGGAAAAGGAUCACCUACCCACUUCCUGAAAGCUUAGUGGGAAACCCUGUAAGAUUUAGGUUCUACCAAAAGUACUCAGACGUGCAGUGGGCAAUUGACAAUUUUUACCUUGGCCCUGGAUGCUUGGACAACUGCCGAGGCCACGGAGACUGCCUAAAGGAACAGUGUGUCUGUGACCCAGGGUACUCGGGGCCAAACUGCUACUUAACUCACACGCUGAAGACUUUCCUGAAGGAGCGCUUUGACAGUGAAGAAAUCAAACCUGACUUGUGGAUGUCCUUAGAAGGCGGAAGCACUUGUACCGAAUGUGGGGUUCUCGCCGAGGACACUGCACUCUAUUUUGGGGGGUCCACUGUGAGACAAGCUAUUACUCAAGACUUAGAUCUCAGAGGUGCAAAAUUCCUACAGUACUGGGGACGCAUUGGCAGUGAGAACAACAUGACCUCUUGCCAUCGGCCCAUCUGCCGGAAAGAAGGCGUACUGCUGGAUUACUCCAAGGAUGGAGGAAUUACUUGGACUUUGCUUCAUGAGAUGGAUUUCCAGAAAUACAUUUCUGUGAGACAUGACUACAUCCUCCUCCCUGAGGACGCCCUCACCAAUACAACUCGACUCCGCUGGUGGCAGCCUUUUGUGAUCAGCAAUGGGAUUGUGGUUUCCGGGGUGGAGCGUGCACAGUGGGCACUGGACAACAUUCUGAUUGGUGGAGCAGAAAUCAAUCCAAGUCAACUGGUAGACACAUUUGAUGACGAAGGCUCUUCCCAUGAAGAAAACUGGAGUUUUUACCCUAACGCAGUAAGGACAGCGGGAUUCUGUGGCAAUCCAUCCUUCCACCUCUACUGGCCAAACAAAAAGAAGGACAAGACCCACAAUGCUCUCUCCUCCCGUGAGCUCAUCAUACAGCCAGGAUACAUGAUGCAGUUUAAAAUUGUGGUGGGUUGUGAAGCCACUUCGUGUGGUGACCUUCAUUCUGUAAUGCUGGAAUACACUAAGGAUGCAAGCUCUGACUCCUGGCAGCUUGUGCAGACCCAGUGCCUACCCUCCUCCUCCAACAGCAUCGGCUGCUCCCCCUUCCAGUUCCACGAAGCCACCAUUUAUAAUGCCAUCAACAGCUCCAGCUGGAAGAGGAUCACCAUCCAGCUGCCGGACCAUGUCUCCUCCAGUGCCACACAGUUCCGCUGGAUCCAGAAAGGGGAAGAAACUGAGAAGCAAAGCUGGGCCAUCGACCACGUGUACAUUGGAGAGGCCUGUCCCAAGCUCUGCAGUGGGCGUGGCUACUGCACCACUGGUGCGGUCUGCAUCUGUGACGAAGGCUUCCAAGGGGAUGAUUGCUCUGUUUUCAGUCACGAGCUUCCAAGUUACAUUAAAGAUAAUUUUGAAUCAGCAAGAGUCACUGAAGCCAACUGGGAAACGAUUCAGGGUGGUGUCAUCGGAAGUGGCUGUGGGCAGCUGGCACCCUAUGCCCAUGGAGACUCACUCUACUUUAAUGGUUGUCAGAUAAGACAAGCUGCUACCAAGCCACUGGAUCUCACUCGAGCAAGCAAAAUCAUGUUUGUCUUACAAAUUGGGAGCACGUCCCAGACGGACAGCUGCAACAGCGACCUCAGUGGCCCCCACGCCGUGGACAGGGCUGUGCUGCUGCAGUACAGCGUCAACAACGGCAUCACCUGGCAUGUCAUUGCUCAGCACCAGCCGAAGGACUUUACACAAGCUCAGCGGGUGUCUUACAAUGUCCCUCUGGAGGCACGGAUGAAAGGAGUUUUACUGCGCUGGUGGCAACCACGCCACAAUGGGACAGGUCAUGAUCAAUGGGCUUUGGACCAUGUGGAAGUCGUCCUAGUAAGCACUCGAAAACAAAAUUACAUGAUGAAUUUUUCACGGCAACAUGGGCUCAGGCACUUCUACAGCAGAAGACGAAGGUCACUUAGGCCACACCCGUGAAGACGCCACGUUGAUUUCCCUUACAACAUGCGAUGUGUUCCUUCUCGUUGUUUUGAAACUCCUCCCUGCUUCCAGUAUGAGGAAACAUCUACGGAGGACUUGGCUGACAGAAAGCCCUUCAAGACCGAGUGACACCACUUCCCCACACUGUGAACUAAUGAUGAGUGGCUUCUCUGUGCAUAAGUAAACGUUUCAUGUGGUGCGUCCAUGGAGAUUGUGAUCUGUUGUAAUAUCAGUUGCAGUGUCAGUAUUAAGAAUAAGAAAUAGUUUAACAGGCAAAGAAGUUUAAGCACAAAGUUUUAAAGAUUUUAUGUUUAAAGUGGCAUUUUAGCACAGUAUUUAACAUUCCUUGCUCACCGAGCUACUUACGUAGACGUAUUUCAGCUUUGUGUCUUGUUUCAUAUGAUUAAGUUGUCCGUGUCUGUCCUUUGUACUCUCCUCCACAGUGCAACACAUUGAAACCAUGUCUCCUUGCUAUGUUGUGAUGAUUUGCUGCUGAACUAUGAUCUACUUGUAUUCUGCAGGAAGUUAAUUCAAACACCUAUUCAGGAUGAUUGCUGUAAAGACACUGUUAUCUCCUUUAAUAUGCUCUUUAACAUGUAUGUUGAUUUAGCAUCAUUUUGUGGAUAGUAAAAAUGUUUGACCUUGAAAUAUUUUCUACUUAAAAAUUGUGGAUGAGCACCCUAUCUCCCUCCCACAAUGAAGUUCUGAUUACCUUGUCUAAAACCAUUUUUUCAAGUGUUCUGUGGCUAUCUACUAACAGUGACUGCCAUUUUGUGUCUGUGAUAACAAAGUGAUUUGUAACAUGGUGGAUGUUCUCCUCAUUGUGUUCUCUUCAUGGGUUGUUUUCCCUGUGGGUCGUAUUCACACCUUCUGGUGAAGCCGAGUCACACCAGCACCCUGUAGCCCCAGCCUAUCCAUGAGGCAGGAGGCUGCACUCCAGGGUGAGCCAUGCUAAAAGCCCAUGCUUAAAUAAAAAUUAUGUCCAAAAUUCA